AUGUUAAAGAUUGUAAAUUUGAUACCAAAUUGUAGCUUUUUGGGUGUCUGUUCUUGUGUUAGUUGUGAUGUUCUCAACUUCUUUUCAUUGUAUGUCAUUUCUGAAGUAGGUGAUUACACCCGCAGUUAGGGCAUAUGUCGGUAUAUGGGUGUAACCUGGGAUACAGGGGUCUGUGUUACGGUGAAUAGUUUCUUGUAAUAGGGUAACGUGGAUUUUUCUUGAGUCCAAAAGAUAAGAAAUUUCUAUUUUCUUGUUUGCGAGGCCACAAACGUUGACCUGGAGUAGUCUUAACGGUUCUGUUUUCCCAGUAGCUAACUUUUCACCAGCAGCCUGGGGGGACACUGCCUGGCGCGGGCCUUGAUAAACGAGGCGUCUCGCGAGCUCGGAUAAAUUUAUGUUCUUUUUCUUUUCCAUAUUUGCUGGGGAGCCUGUGGCUUUUCUUCCCACCCAUGUCUGUGGUCUACCAGCAGUACGGUGCAUCUGGCAUUGAGAUUUCUGAGCUACACGUUUUGUCUCUCACAGAAGUGGGACAACGCGCUGAUCAUGGACAGGCUUCCAUUAUACAUGAGGUCAAGGCACGAUCCACUGUGGUCCAUUCAGCGCGUGAAGGCAUAGCCAACGUAUAGGAGCUUGAUUUGCCCGUGGAAGAUGAAGCCCAAUAAUUCAAUCAUAUUAUUAUCAUUCAAAAAAGGGACAACGCCAAGAGUUUUUCAUUUGGUUACUGUUGCCUCUCUGCAAGUUUUAUUUGCUGAGAAUGGUAGGGGAGGCACAAUGUUCCUAUUGAAAUUACAGAAUUUUGUUAAAAUGCAAAAUUGUCUAAAAAUAAAUGUAUUGAAUUAUAAUAUAAAGACGAAUUCAACGAUUUCCGAUUUUUUCUCCCCCAACUGCCGCCAAGCCAUGUGACUGAGUGUCACAUGACAUUUUAUGUGCGAUGAAAAUAGAUUAUCAUGACCUACUGAAAGUACUGUCAACAAUGAAGAUUAGUGCCUUGUGCUCCAAAUUUCUUCUUCAGGUGAGAAAUCUUCCAGCACAAAAUCUUCACACAUUGUUGGAGGUGGAUACUGUAACUUAAUAGUUUAACGAUGUUAAUGUCUCUCAAUUACUCACUAAAUACGUGUUGUUAGUUUUGUCCAAUCCACAACUACUCUGGGCACUCUGGCGACGGACUGGGCUCAGAACAGACAAGCAAGGUUUAGAUUAGAUCUAAGUGUUAUCUACAUCACGCACUGACUCUUCCAUAUUCCCUAUGGAACGGAAAAUGCGAACAGAAAGAAUUAUUUCAACUUUGGAGUUUGGGAUGGCAUCAUUGUAAUGGGCUUGCGUACAUGUAUCCAGAUUACCAUAGCCUGAAGGAAAGGAACUAGAAUUCUUUUACCUACGCGAGUGCAAAGAUUUGUGACGAUUUUAGAAACAGCUGAUCUCUUGAAAAUGUCAUACUUUUGAUAUGAUAGUCGAUAAACACGAGAUGACUCAAACGAAUGUGACUAUGAGGAAGAAGGCAAAGCCAGUCCCUGCUGUGAACACCAUCAAGGCAGCGCUUGUGUGAAAGCUCGGAUAAUUUCAGCAGGAUCUUUGUACAAAAUUGCGCUUAUGUGGAAGUUGGAAUUCUUAUUUAUAUGUUUGUACAUAUAGGUCUAGGCCCCUGAUUGUGUGUGUAGGUUAUAUAGGAUACCACAACGUGCCUUCCACUUCUAUUGUCCUUUUUGAAAAAGACGUGUCAGGUUUUGAGUAAUAUUUACACCCUAAGAGUUUCCAUGUUAUAUCUUUGUGUUCGAUAGUAUUUCAUAAAAACAAAAUUAUUGGAGGAUAGUCAGGUGUGUUGAGGUGGAAAAUACCCCCCCUCCAAAAAAAAUUAAAAAAAUAAAAUAAAACAACAACAACAACAAACAAACAUAGUACGAACAUUGAAACAUGUCAGAGUCAGAGGAACAACGACCGUUGAUCGGUCGAAAUCCGAACUGGGGCCGCGACAGGGGACCUUUUGCGACGCCGCAGAGCUCCCCAUCUCGGAGGUCCGUGCGUCGCGCCGGAAGUUCGGCCACCGGUAACUAUGGCAACAGACCGGACGCCUCUCCGCAAGUGCUGCAGCCACGCUCCGACUCCAGUCUGCGGAUGGCCUGUGGGACCAUCCUGCUAACGGUGGUCUUCGAGAGAAUCUCUUACUACGGACUAACGGGCAACCUGGUGCUGUUCCUCAACAAAGACCCCUUCACGUGGGCGUCUUACAACGCGAUGAACGCUCUCUUCAUGUUCUUCGGCAUCACGUACGUCAUGGCUCUGAUCGGCGGCUGGAUCGCCGAUUCCUUCCUCGGCCGGUUCAAGACCAUGCUCAUCGCGUUCUUUAUUUACCUCUGCGGUUUUAUAUCGCUGCCCUUCCUGGCGGUGAACACGCACUCCAGCUCCUCGCACCCGAGACACAGGCACCUGGACAACUCCACUCACACGGGCAGUCUGCCCAGGAUCUGCGUCACAGAUGAGGCGGGUGACCAGAGCAGUCCUUUCACGGAGCGCUGCUCCUGGUUGGUCUACAUCAUUUUGUUUGUGGUUGCCAUUGGCACCGGGGCGCUCAAGUCUAACAUUGCGCCCUUUGGCUCGGACCAGUUACACCGCAGCAGCCAACAAGCCCACCUGAGUUUCUUCAACUGGUUCUACUGGUGCGUCAACAUGGGCAGCUUUGUGGGCCUGGGCGCUAUCGCCUACAUAGAGCAGCAGGUCAACUUCCACAUAGGCUACAUUGUGUGUGCCUGCACCUUGUCUCUCUCGGCCAUCAUCUUCCUCACUGGUCGCUGCUCAUAUGUUUGCCGCACGCCAGAUGGUAGCAUCUUAUCCAACAUUUUCCGCAUCAUUCGCGAAGCUUGGAAGAGGAAACGCCAACGACAGCAGCUCCAGCGCAUCCACUCGAAAACAGAGUCAGAAGGCUCUUCUCGGGAGAUUGACGAAGCGUCUGUAGAGGAAAGGAUCAGCUUCCUGGACUAUGCCAAGCACAGAUACGGCGGGAUCUUCCACAACUCGCUGGUUGACGACGUGAAGAAACUGAAGAUGAUUCUGGCUGUCUUCGCCGUUCUCAUACCUUACUGGAUUGUCUACUUCCAGAUGCAGACCACUUUUCUGUUCCAAGGUUUACACAUGAGGCUUGGGUUCACUCCCAGCCAACCCUUGUACAAUUUGAGCACUACUGUGGUACCCAGUGCUGUCCCAUUCCACAACACCACGUCCAGCCAGAAACCUCAAUUUCAUCAUCUGCAUCAGAACUGGACAGAUACAAGGGAUAGACCCCAGAUCGUUGCGGCUUGGUUCUCCUUGUUCGACGCCAUCUUCGUCAUCAUCCUCCUGCCAUUGUUCGACCGCGUCAUCUACCCCCGUCUGUCUCAGGCUGGCUACCCGUUCACUUUCACGAAGCGCGUGGUCCUGGGCAUGGUCUUUGCCAUGGCGGCCAUGUUUGUGGCAGGGGUGGUGGAGCAUUAUCGGCUGAAGGAGUUUUGGCCAUACCCCGACCACCCUUGUCUGAGUAAAGGGAUUAAUCAGAUUAUAGGAAAUACGUCUUAUAUGGCUGCGGACAUGUCAGUGUUGUGGCAGAUCCCACAGUACGCUCUCAUCGGGAUCAGUGAAGUGUUCGCCAGUGUGGCCUGCCUCCAGUUUGCGGUUUCUGUUGCCCCGCGCUCAAUGAAAGCCAUCAUCACCGGCCUCUUCUACUUCUUCUCGGGGCUCGGCAGCUUUCUAGGCACUGCCAUCUUGAACAUCCUGGCCGCCAGCCGAACGUGGUUCUUCGACCAGGAUUUCGGCAACAUCAACUGUCGCCUCCCGUGCCCAACCCCGGACAGCUUGGACGUGCAGCACAAGUGCCACCUGGACUACUACUUCUUCAUGCUGGGGGCUGUUGAGGCGGCGGCACUGGGGCUGUUCUUGCUGGUGGCCCGCAAGUUCCAGCUGGGCGCGGAGGAGUUGGUGCCCAACCUGCACAACCCCGCGGUGAGAGCACGGGCGCAGCACGUGCAACGGCAGGCCAGUCAGGACACUUUCUCAAACACUGUCACUGUCUCCUCUUCCUCCUAGUGGGGGUGAAUGUGUGUCUUUUGUCUUCCAGCACCCCUUUCCCCCCCUCUCACCCAUUUUUUACCUCUGCGUCUCUUCACACACUCAAACACACACACAUAAACACAUGCACUCACUCACACACAUACACAUACUUGUGAUUGUUCAUGGAG